UUUCCGCCUUGUGACGGUACGGUUUCUACUAUUGUAGUCUGACGACUAAGCCUUAUGCAUAUCUCAACUCACCUAAUCCAUCAAAAAGUUGUUGCAAUAAUUGAUGGACAAAAUAAUUGAAAUCCCAUCAAACCUAACUUUUCCCAGCUCACAGUUGAAGAAGACAGACAAUUCUUCAACGGAGAGAGUGAGAUGGAACGUCUAUACUUUUCAUUGAAAAUGGUUAUAUUUGUUGCAUAAUUUUAUCCCUAUACCAAUUAAGUCAGAGUUUGCUGAGAAGAUCUGAAAGAAGCAAAAAGAAUGGUGUCUCUUUGUCUCACUGGCAACUUUCUCAAUGAUCCAUUGCCUGCAGCUGAGGCAGUAGCUUUGAACCAAGACCUCGUCACAUUGAUCCUGGUACGCCUGCCGGUGAAGUCACUUCUCCGCUUCAAAUGUGUCUCCAAGCAGUGGCUCUGUCUCAUCUCCAGCCAAAAUUUCUAUAGCCGCCACCGCAGUCUUUCCUCUGCAUGCAUCCUCUUGUCUCGAAUUCCCAGCCUCAUCAGUCACCUAUCUCUCAAUUGCAGCAGUUCAGAGCAACCCUUUUCGUCUCUUGACUUCAUUGAUGAUUCAGCAGGUGUUAAGUUACUGCAGUCCAUAAAUGGCCUGGUCCUGGGGUGUAGCUUUUACAAGUUGGGAAAAACUAUUAGUUAUUAUGUCUGCAACCCUUCAACAAGGCAAUUCUCGAUUCUUCGUCCACCUAAUACCAAGGGUCAUGAUUCCAAGGGUCGUAAUUCGUUCGCAACUAUUUUAGGUGUUUAUUUAGCUUUUGAUCCAUCCAAAUCAUCUCACUACCAAGUCGUCAGCGUUCAAAAUUGCUCCUCAUCAGAAGCAAGUGAUCACUACCAAAUUCAGAUAUACGCAUCCGAGACUCGAACUUGGAGGGUUUCCCGAUCUCCCUUUAUGGCCCCAUCCGAUAUGGUGUUUGAAAAUGGCGUGCUUUGGAAUGGUGCAAUACAUUGGAUUAGCCCAACAGGAGCUACAUUAUGUUUUGAUAUCAAUCAAGAGCGCUUCGGAUCAAUGCCUAGUCCUCCAUCAGGCGAGCAUUGGGGUACAAGAAGGUUCAAGUAUUUUGGGGAAUCUGGUGGGCAUUUGCACCUAGUUGAAGUUUAUGGUCCAAGCAUCACUCAAUUCCAAGUCUUUGAAUUGGAGAGAGAUUACUCAAGGUGGAUUCCCAAGUACCAAAUCGACAUUUCUCCGAUCAUCGAUGCAUUUCCGGAGAUGGUUAGAAACUACCUUCACCCCCAUCCCUAUGAUUCUCCUUUUUACGCGUUUGUUUUACUUUUUGUCCUAGAAACUGAAGAGGGCUCAUCAUUGUUGCUGUACAUUCCUGGUAAGUUUAUAUCUUAUAAUAUUAGAGACAAGAGUUUCAAAGAGAUUUGUGAUUUUGAUCCGAAAUCCACCAAAACAAAUACAGCAUUACAUGUUGGAUGCUUUCAUGCUCAUCAGUUUAUAGAGACUCUUGCCAGUGUUUAAACA